ACUACCAAUAAGUAUGCCGCCUGCUGCAGCACCAUCGAAGGGAGCAAAGAAGGCAGCUAAGGCUAAGCCUGCGCGUUCCGGAGAUAAGAAAAAGAAGAGGAAGAGAAAGGAAAGCUAUUCCAUCUACAUCUACAAAGUGUUGAAACAGGUUCACCCCGACACUGGAGUUUCCAGCAAAGCCAUGUCUAUCAUGAACAGUUUUGUGAACGAUUUGUUCGAAAGAAUAGCUUCUGAGUCCAGCCGUUUGGCUCACUACAACAAGCGUUCGACCAUCAGUAGCCGUGAAGUACAGACUGCUGUCCGUCUUCUCCUUCCUGGUGAAUUAGCCAAACACGCUGUCUCUGAAGGUACCAAGGCUGUCACCAAGUACACCAGCAGCAAGUAGAGAUCUACUACUUGCAAGUAGCUCUACUUGCUACAGAACGGCCCUUUUAAGGGCUAGCAAAAUUUGUGUAAAGUUAUCUCUCCAAUUGAUAAGUGCUAUUGUGUUCUUAUUUGCUAGGUUGACUUCUCAUCCUAUUUAUUGUUCAUGAUAAAAUAAAUGCUUGGCAGUUUCAGUUGCAUACAGUC